AUGCGGCUAUCACACUAUAAUCCUACAAUUACAGGACUAUGCGAUAUCUAUUGCAACGAUUCACCACCUUGCAACACCUACACGACGCAAGGAGUCGCUUCAGGAGAUUUCUUUUUCUUCUACAAACUAGAGUCUUCAUCAGAAAGGGGAUUGUCUCCAGCAACCCGUCCCCCGACUUUCAGCCCCAUAGAUCGCGACAAGUGCUCUAAAUAUUUCCACCGCCGGUCGAUGGAUACUACUCAAAUACUGGGAAAUAUGGACUUGUCCACGGACGAUCCAGAGGACUUGGCUUGGAUGGACUUGUGGCGAAGGACCCGGAGAGGGGGGGCCUUGUUAACUCUGAUCCAACGAUCGAAAAACAUCAAUCUUCCGAGUCGCUACUCGCCUCGUAUUCGAUCUCACGACUCCCAGUUAACCGCGUACAAUGAAGCUGAUGUAUCGUUGGCCAAGUAUGAGGAUGAUCCACGUUUAGAAUCUACCAUACAUUCGACGCCAUUCGAAUCUCAAUCCACAGAAACCAAGUUUUCCUACCGAUUUGACGAUGCUUCAGAAGAAGUUUCCUUACUCCUCCCCAAUCCACACAAUCCCGACGGCGCCUCCGAAGAAAGAUCAUCGUUUUACCCUGAAUCUCCCUUAUCUUCCCAGCGCAGAAUACCCCAAGAUCUUCCAUCACUAGACAUCCCCUCACCGAAAUCGAAACAAAUCACUGUCGUUAGUCCCUCACCAACACCUUCGUCUCCCCCCUCUGCGUACUCCCAAACAUCUGCUACAACGCAACUUCAGCGAACUCUGACCGGACUAGGUGGCAGGAUGUCUCCACCACCAGUUCCACCUCUUCCUCUACUUCCAGCUUCUCCCACCUCACCCUCUCCGCUUUCGGUACACCUCUCUCCUCUUCCCGAACGCGGAGCAGAAUUGAGCCAGAAUUGGAUCUUCACCGAGUGCCCACCGCGGUAUUCAUCGGGGGCAGGUCAUGUUUGCGUAUGA